AUGACUUUUUGCAUGAAUCAGUGCAUUCUGUGUUAAAUCUGGCCUAUUAUCAUGUCCGAGUGGUCACUCCCUUCUUUAGACAGUCCAUUUUGCUUCCAGCUUUGACCCACCUCUCGCAUACUCACUUGUCCCUCCUACUCCUCUCCUCAUCAGUGUGCACUUUGGAUGAAGAGGUGAACAUGUCGUGGACCCGUGGGACCUUUCUGGCGCUCCUUACCGUGCUCGUCGCACUCUCCUUGUCUCCACAGGCUGACUCUGCAGCUGUACCCAGCAGUCAGGAUGCUGCCAAGGAGCCACAAGGUCCACUGAGGAGGAUCUUCAUGAAAGAGGCCGACGCAUCAAACUUCUUCAGGAGGCGCAGCAGGCGGGCGGUGAAGUCACCCGAUGAGCUCAAUGCUGAGCAGAGGCAGGUUCUGGCUGCAGACGAGCGCAGGAGAGAGUUCCACGAGGAGAAGAGGAACGAGUUUGAGAGCUACGCUGAAGAGGAGAAUGACGAACAAAACGAGAGGACCCGAGAGAGCACGGAGCAGUGGAGGGAGUUCCACUACGACGGGAUGCAUCCUCCCUAUGAAUACAACCGUCAGAGCAACUGAGGCUGUGGAUAAAUUGUAUUCAAUCAGACAAACAUGAAAAUGCUUACAUUAGUCUUGCCUUUAACUCCUUUGUAGUUUUGGUCAAAGAUGCAAAGACACGUACAAACAAGUCUUUUUUUUUUUUUUAAUACAUAACAUUUGUGCAUCAACAUGCAACACAUGCAUAUUUUGUUGCUCUUAGAGGGAAGACGACAACAACAUUGAGAAAAGAAGCAUUCAAGACUCCAGUAAACUUUUCAGAUUUGUAUUUACAGCAAACUCAGGCUCAGUCUUAUUUUUUUACUCACCAUGAAUAACUACACUUUAAAUUCAAAAUAUUAGUCCUUACCAUUUUUAAUCCUACAUUCACACUUGUGGUUGGGUACUAUGGUCCAGACCAAAAAUGAACAAAAGAUUCACAGUGGUAUUUUUUCUCAUUUGCGCAGUAAAAAAUAUGUGCAUAAACUUGAUUUAUUAAGUGACCAAAAUGUCGUCUGCUGUAUACGUAGGUUAUGUUUAUAUUCUCCUACUUUUACCAGCUUCAAUUAAAUGAAAAGCUUCUAAAAUAUACUUUUAAAGAGCGACACUGUCACACACACACACACACACACACACACACACACACACACACACACACACACACACACACACACACAGAGGGAGAGAGCAGAGCAGAGCAGAGAGACAACACUUCCAACACAUUUUCUUUUACAUAUUUGUCUUUUUGCAAUCUUUUUAUCACUGGUCAGUGUCUCCGAGUUGCGUUUCAUUCGCAUUUGAGCUCAAGUGAAGCAAAGCGCACCAGAGUUGACUCGCAAGCGGGCCGAGACCCAUCUCUCUAGUGGUUGCGACCCACUUGCUUGGUAGAUGACCACGCUCCCACUUGCCAAAACGAACCAUAAUCCCAGCAGAGCAAACACACCAGAGUUCCUUUUGACCAAACCAAACAUGACAAGUGUGAACGCACCCUUAAGUCAGGAUAUCAGUCCUUACUCUCAUGAUGGAGGGGGGGAAAAAAAAGAAAACAAAGAGAGUCUUUCUGCUAAAUUCAACAGGCCGGUAUGAAAGCCAAAGCAAACAAGUGUCAGAAGCGGAGGACGACUGUACAAUCAACUCAACGCACCACCCCGCUGCUUCUUUGUUUUUUGCAAACAUGAAUGCACUAUUCAAUACUUUGUAUCUACAAUUCCAAGUUUUAAAGGGAAACAAGCUAUCCAGCACAAGUUACAGACAGUAAUAAUGUUUGAUUUACACAAAGAAAGCGUGGUCAGAUCUAUUGGCACGUGAGAGUAAUAUGCAGUUACACAGUGUAGGUUGUACAAGGGGUGGGGUUUGGUUUGUUUCAAGCACAUCCCUGAGAACUCAUGAUCUUGUGGUCAAGGAGGACCGUCAAAGUCUUUGAAAUCAAAAUAAAACUUGAUUCUCUCUUGGUUGUUCACUGCAUUAGUGUUUCCGUUGGUAAAUAAAUAAU